ACUGACUUACCGCCGAGCCUCCAAGCUGCAAAAGUCACUGACCACUGACCAGUUCGCGCUACAUCGAUGCGUAGACUGCCGCAAUCGCUUUGGUGUCUUAUACAUGCAACAUUCGCUCUCAGUGCACAAACUAUUUCUUUGAAUACUUUAUAUUCUUUCUCUGGAGCCUCUGUGUCUAGUGACCCAACCUUUUCUCUUCCGCAGGCUCAGCAGCUGACUGUAUCCAUCGCCAUUUGUUCGGCGGGAACGUCAUCUCUAGCAUUUUUCGUGACCAACAAUACAGCGAUAACAGAUCCUGGACAGUCUACCAGUACUACCGAUGUUUUCGAAAUCCCCUUGCUUAACGGAUUCGGGAACUGGACUGGCACCGCACCGCAAGGUGGUUUCUUGGCUGUACAGAAUGUUGGCCAGACCUCAUUCCAAGUUGCUGCAUCGACCGGAGCUCUUGUACACGAACUACUUCCCUCACUCCCGCUCCUCGGAGAUACUACCAAUACUCAGGCGCUGAUAUUUUCGCCUCCAUUCUCAACUGUCGAAUCCUCGUUGUCCACUUAUCCAAACUACACUCUUCCUCCUGCCAACCUUUCCACCCCUUCACCCCCAUCAUCGCCUCCCGCAUUCUCUCUCGUCAUUGCGCCGACUUCCUCUGGUCUUGCGUCUGGCCCGCAGACAGCAUGUAGCGUCCAAUCUACUUCCUCUUCGGGCUCUGUACUAAGCAACAAUUUCUGGCUACGCGACGAUCAAGGUUGGAGGUCUCAGUGGCUUAUUGAUGGCUUGACACCGAGUACGAACUACACCGCGUAUGUUAUCCAGGACCAAGUAAAAUUGAGUGGCCCAAUAUACUUCACUAUGAAAUCUCCAUCAUUCUCCUGCCCCCUUGUGCACUCCCUUCCAUUCUGUCCAUCCACAUCCUACGCCGUUCCUCUUCCCUUCCCCCAAUCCCCUGCAACAUCAUAUGACUCCUCCACUCUCCCACAGAGCAUAUCAGACCCCCUGCUUCAGUACAUGACCAACUUCACGACGAUGCUUCUCACUUUCCCAUGCGGGCGUGACCUAUACUCCCCCUUGCAGACCUGUGAGAGCUGCCAAGAUGCAUACCGUGCUUGGCUAUGCACCGCGUCCUUCCCGCGAUGCGCCGAACCCCCACCAAGUCCUCCCUCGUCAUCGUCUCCAACGCCAGCAUUGUUGCCACCUCAGAGCGGCUCGAACGCACGCAAUCCUUUCCUGCCGAACGUUACAUAUUCUUACCAAACGGUCUUACCUUGUUUAGAAGUUUGCAGUGCAGCUGAUCGCGCAUGUCCCAACUUCUUGGGCAUCAAGUGCCCGAGCCCACAGUUCAAUGCGGCAUCGAGCUAUGGUGUCGGUUAUAUUGAUAGCGGGGAACAAGGGGUACUUGGUGGUGGGAGUACGGGUGUAGCGCAAGAUCGGUGGGGAAACGUGUGGUGUAAUGCUGGUUGACUUAUGACACCUAUUAUGUAACUUACAUAACUUUAUGUCCAAUUGUUUUCCUAGCUUUAGCUUGGACUCGUGACUUGUUCCGUCCAUGAGCUUGCAUCAGUACGGACAGGUCACCAGUCUAGCUGAAGCUGACAAAGUUUAGAAUUGUCGCUGCGUCACUGGCAGUAGUAGGUGAUAACGAAGGGGGUAUUUUCGCUAGUGUAUGAAACAUCUAGGUAGUCUUUUUAUUAUUAUUUUAAAAAAUCAUAUUUAUUGUCC